AUGCCUAUAUCUCCAGAUGCCAAGAGAUACUCGACCACUCCCAAGGGUGUCUUAGCCACCUUGCAUCACUUGGACCUGGUUGAAAUGGAGAGGAACCGGAUUUCUGAAUAUUACAAAACAAUGGCUUUUUGUUUUUCUUCGAGGUGGGAGGAAUUCAACAAAACCCACCGCAAUACUAUCACCACACUCAUCAUUGUCUUGCUGCUCUUGAUCCUCACGUUGGUUUUCUUGUUCCAAUAUGUUUUCCAGGACAGGCCACAAACGAGACAAGCUUUGUUGAUACGCUUGAACUCUUUUUCUGUCUCAAACUUCAACAUUACAACCUCGGCGUUGGAGGUUGAAUGGAAAGCACAUUUGACGUUUGAAAAUCGAGAUGAUGAGUAUGAGAUUUUUAUCAUUCCCUUUGAAACAUAUUUAUACUACAAUGAUGUCUUUGGUGUGUCGUGUGCGUUGGUGGCAGAAUCAAUACACCUUCAAGAGAAGAGACAGAAAAAGGUUAUGAUAAAAUUCAAGCCAAGUGGUUGUCUAGGAAAGCUGCCACCGUUGAAGGAGAAGGUUUUUCAACAGAUGAGGGAGGAUAGAGAGAAGAAUAAUAUAUUGCAUUUGGAUUUGCAAAUGAAUAUGAGAUUUCAAGAAUUUCAGAAUGGAAUAGCCAAAUGGCAUAUGAAUAUUAAUGCUACUUGCUAUGAUAUAAAUGUUUCUUUUGUGAGUGCAACAAAUGGGAAGUAUAUGGAAGGUGUGAGGCAAUGUUAUAUUCCUUGGUAA